AUGGAAGCAACAGAAACUGCCUCACGGAGGUCCGCUUCAGUAAGGACGUCGUCAUCCCGUGUUGAUUCAAUCCUGUUCAAGAAACGUGUGGAAGCAGAAACGCAACGUGCUAACAUUCUAUUCCGAGAGAAGGAACUUGCGAUCCUUAAAGAAAAAGCAUCACUUAAGGAACAUGAAGCAAAACAACAAGCUGAAAGUGAACGAAAGAAAGCAGAGCUUGAGGCUACGCAUCACUUGUUAGAAGAAAAAAGAAAAGCAGCACUCGUAGAAGCAGAAGUGAAAGCAAUAGAGAACUUUGAGUCGGACACUAGACAAGGGUCUGUUAUACCAUCAGAUAUCGAUGUACCGAUAAAUCGCAAACAGUUUACUGCUCGUUACAUCAGUGAUCACAGUGAUAAUAGUGUCUUCGGUAAACAAACUUCAAAUUGUGAUAAUGGUCCCAUAGAUCCUGUGAUUGAUCAAGACAUACCACAUCAGAAAGAGACUCAGUCUAACCUGAACCCUAUGGCAAAAGAAUUCGUUAGUCAACAUGUGAAAAAUUCUGAAGAUCAGAAUGUCGUUAGUGAUCUUACAAGAUUUCUACUCAAGAAGGAUCUGUUAUUCUCAAGAUUUUCGCAGUUCAGUGAUAAACCAGAAACAUUUGUCACAUGGAAAGCUAGUUUCAAGAGUAUAACAGAGGAACUGAGAGUUACACCGUUUGAAGAAAUGGACUUACUAGUGAAAUUCUUAGGACCAGAAUCCUCAAAGUUUGCAGCCAGUAUUAGAGCAGCGAAUACAGCAUACCCAGAACGAGGCCUUCAUAGGAUAUGGAAAAGACUCCAAGAACGUUAUGGAAGCCCUGAAUUAGUAGAACAUUCUUUAAAGAACAAACUCAGAGACUUUCCCAGAAUUAGUAACAAAGACAGUAAACGUUUGUAUGAAUUAGUCGACAUUCUAGCAGAAAUCGAGUCUUUAAAAGAAGAUUCAAACUACUCGACAUUAUUGUCCUACUUUGACUCAUCUUCUGGCAUUAUACCUAUUGUGAAUAAACUGCCUUAUAACUUACAAGAGAAAUGGACGACCCGUGCCGCAAGCUACAAAGCUAGACUGGAUGUUCCAUAUCCACCAUUUGAUUAUUUUGUGGAAUUCUUACAAGAAAUGAGUAAGAUUAGAAAUGAUCCAGGAUUUCAAUAUGAAGGAUCUUUUAGUACCCCUGGACCAAUUCAGAACAAGAAAACCAAGAAUACUACAGUUCUAUCGUGUAAAACUGAAGUGGAACCAAACAAGUAUGUGUCUCCCAGAGGACAAAGGUGCCCUACUCACAACACACACCACAGUCUUAAAGAUUGUAAAACAUUCCGAUGUAAACCUUUAUCUGAGAGGAGGAAGAUCUUGAAAAACUCUGGAUUGUGUUUCCGAUGUUUGGACUCGAAUCACUUAGCUCGUGAUUGCAAAACAGUAGUGAAAUGUGAGAAUUGUGAAAGUGACACUCAUCAUACUGCGCUCCAUGACUACUACAGAUCCAAACACUCGGAUCAAGGCGGGGAGAAAAUGAACCAUGACAAGACAGAUGUGCAGAAUAAGUGUACCGUGAUAUGUGGAACAAACUUUAAGGGCAAAUCGUGCUCUAAAACUAUUCUGAUCAACGUUUAUCCCACUGAUCGACCAUCAGAGAAAAAGACUAUCUAUGCCAUAGUCGAUGAUCAAAGCAGUCGUACACUCGCUCGUUCACAGUUCUUCAAUAUGUUUGAUAUGGACACUGAUUCUGUGACUUACACAUUAUCAUCAUGCAACGGUUCUGUGACACUCACUGGCAGAUGUGCAUCAAACUUUACCUUAGAACCAGUAUUGGAAGGAAACCAAAUUCAUCUACAGUCUGUGAUAGAAUGUGAUGACAUACCAAACUGCAGAGAGGAGAUUCCUACACCAGACGUGGCACGUGCAUACCCUCAUCUAGCAGACUUAGCCACUCAUAUACCAGAUCUGAAUGAAGAGGCAGACAUUUUGUUACUCAUCGGAAGAGAUCAUCCAGAUGCUCAUCAUGUCCUAACACAGAGAACUGGACCUCAUGGAGCUCCGUUUGCACAAAAAACUAUCGUUAGGAUGGACAGUUAUAGGAGAGUGUUGUCUUGA